AUAAGAGAGAGUUAGAUAAACAAAAAACGAGGUAGAGUGAACUGCCGCAUACAAACUCGAGCAGUUGGAGUGUUGGUAUUGUUUGCUUCAUAUAUCGAGCUAAGCUCAUCCAAAUAAGACGUGUAAGGUUUCUACGGAAAGCUCUCAAGAUAAGGAAUCCGUCAAGGUGCAUUUUGCAGAAAUCGGAGCAGCUUAAGGCUUCCAAAUCAUCGAAUGAAAACACAAACGCGCAGAAAUGAAUUUGCUUCUCUAAAGUUUAUCCGGUGAAUUCCACCAACAAUCUCAAGAAAAUAUUUAGCGUCGGAUAUGCCUGCACGCAUGAUCUCACAAGGCGUUAUCGUUGCACUCAUCACGGCUAUGUUAUCUUUGCAUGUGUGUUGCGAUUUGGACUGGUAUUUGGAUAUAUCGUUAUGUAUAAUGUUUACUCUCUUCACUUUCCUACUUACAAUAAGUCAUACUUUAACACCACUUUUUAAGAAAAAUGUUGUUCUUUUAUUUAAUGGUAAAAUGACAACUAUGAAAACAACCCACUAAAAUUAAUUUUAAACUUGACUUGUAGUGAUGAUAAUUUUAUUGUGGUUGUUCUCAAAGUUGUAAAAUUAAUGAUGUGAAUGAGUGGGUGGUAGACUCCGGGGCUACCAAGCAUUUUUGUGAAAACAAAAAUGCUUUUACUUCCUAUACUAUUAUAGGAGAUGGUGAAGAGCUCGUGUACCUAGCGGACUCUAAAACCGUUAAGGUGCAUGGGAAGGGGAAAGUUCUUUUGAAGCUCACAUCGGGAAAAACUUUAUCACUAAAUGAUGUGCUGCAUGUGCCCGAGAUUUGGACUCAUUUGGUUUCCGUUUCUUACUUGGGAAAAGUUGGGUUAAAGUUUCUUUUGGUUGUGACAAUUUUGCUAUGACCAAAAAUGACGUUCUUGUACGAUAUGGCUAUUGUAAGAAUGAACUAUUUGUGCAGCGCUUAGUAUCUCUGGAUUAUUGCAUGAUGAUGCUUCUGUUUAUUUAAUUGACUCUUACGAUGUGUGGCAUGCUAGACUAGGACAUGCAAGUAACUCUUAUAUUAAAAUGCUAAAUGAUUGUGGUUUGAUUUCUUUUAAAAAUAAAAUGACACUAGAAAGAUAUGAUGAACGCUCUUUUAAUAAGUUCUGGUGCUCUUUUAAUCUUUGGGAGGAGACUAUUCGUUUUGCAUGUCACUUACAAAAUAGAUUUCCUUAUAAGCACAAUAAGAAAACCUCUUAUGAAUUGUGGAAAGGUUUUGAGCCUAAUUUGAAAUAUUUGAAAGUGUGGGGGUAUUUAGCUAAGGUCUUAUUGUAUGAUCCUAAAAAGGGGAAAAUUGAUUCUAAGACUUCUGAUUGCAUGUUUAUUGGUUAUGCUGAAUCUAGUGCUGCUUAUAGAUUCCAUGUUUUGCAAAGUGAUGUGCUUGAAUGUGAUAAAAUUGUUAAAACAAAAAUUGUUUCCCAAGUCAAUUUUUUUAUUUAUUUUUUUAUCCAAGUUAUUUAUGAUUGUUAUAAACAUCAAAUACUUAAAUGUGAAAGGUGAGUUGAAAGACUUUUUCUAUUUCCUUGACAAAUGGUAGCACAAAAAUUAAAUCAGCAGGGAACCAGUCAUUCAAUCGCUUGAGUGGAAGCAUUUCCCGCUCAAAUGUAUACGCCAUUUCAGCCGCACGAUCAAGUAAUAGAUCUGUGGCUCUGCAUUUCUUUCUCUACCCAUUUAUAGAUCAUUCUACUCUCUCUAUCCAGAACGAUCCUUCAUCGUAGUUAUUCUGAAUUCACUAGCUCAAAACCACGCACCAUCCACUCAAUCGUCCUUGCAUUUCCUUCUAUGCCCAUUUUUCAGAUCUUUCUACUUUCUCUCUAUUGGAAGCAGUCAUAUCGUAAAGGGAAAUCCUAUGAGAGGGAUUACAUGCAGAAAACAAGGCAAGGGAAAUCCUAGAAAAUCACUUCCUAAAAUAGAUUAAAUAAUAAAGGUAUUAAAAUCAAAUCAUAAUAAACUUAAUCAAGCAAAUCAAUGAACUAUUACUCCUCAUUAUUCUAUUUGAUUGCUCUGUUUAUCUUUCCAUAACUAGUAUAGUACCCGUGCGAUGCACGGGCUGAUAAUUUAUAAAAUUGUAAUUACCGAUGGUCUAAAAAGUUUCAUACUAUAUAUUUUGAUUUAAUUACACUUAAACAAAUCAUGAAUUUAUAGGUGAUGAAAAAUAAUGAUAUACGACAUUUGUUCAUCGUACUAAUAUUCACUAUAAAUUCGAAAUGGAAAUCAACAGUUACAAUUAAUCAAUUUUUAUUAUUAGAGCAUCCCCAAUGUGCACUGUUUAGUCUAAGAAAAAAACGCCACCUCAUUAAUAAUAGACAUUGUGUAUUUAUUAUGCCCUCCAAUGCAUGCACUCUUUAAUUACAUUUUGCUGAGUUGGCAAAAAAAAUAGUAGACACGGUGAAGGGGGCUUUCUAAGUGUAGAAAGCAUUCUACACAGGCUGACUCGACAAUUUUCACGAAAAAAAAGCGCCAAAGUCGAAAAAAUAGGGGGAAACGAAAACUCUUCUUUCACGAUGUAGAUAAAACCCUCAUUUUGGAGAGUUUUUUUUCCUCAAAUUGCUGAAGACUGAAGCGGCCGUGAACUCUGCGCGCUCGAAGGUUGGCUAUUCAGGUGGACGGAACAUACAAGGCAACAAAGCAUGGAUCAUGAGUUUGACCCAUUCCAAAGCUCCCAAAAUCCCACCCUUGUUAACUACACAAGUCAAGCACCAAACCAGUUUAGUUCUAUCAGCCCCCAGUUCCAGCCCACAUAUCAGUUUAACCCAAUCAGUGGUUCUUGUUCUCCUUAUACCAACUUAUCUUAUGGACCUCCCUUCUCGUUCCAAAAUCAUUUGAGCACUCCCGUUUUUGGUAGUGGAACCAGUGAAACUCCUAGGGCAUCCGGAGGCGGGAGAAAGAAACAUAAGGAUGUCAACAGUUCUCAAGGUUCAACUAAAAAAAGAGAAGAUUGGAGUUCAGAAGAAGAUAUCGCAUUAACCAACGCGUGGUUACGUAUUUCUAUGGAUGCGGAUGUUGGUAAUAAUCAGAAAAGUACAGCAAUGUGGGAGAGGAUUUUACAAGUCUGGAGGGACAACAUGGGGGAGAGGUGCAAUAAGCCUAGAAAUAAUAAUAGCCUACAAUGCCGUUGGCAAAAAAUACAGAAGGCGGUUAAUAAAUUUCAUGCCAUUUAUGAGAAACUUGAAAGGCAUCCCCAAAGUGGCUUGAACACAGAUGACAUGAAAAAAAGGCGCUGGGAAUGUACGAGAAAGUCUUCAGUGAUAAAAAGAUAAAAGAAUUCAAGUAUAUUCAUUGCUGGGAGCUUUUGAUAACGAACCCGAAGUGGUGUACAAGUCAGCUGACAAAGGCUUCUGGAUUAAAUAAAAGCGCUUCAGAUAACAAAACCGCAGCAGAAGUAUGUGAUACCUCACCAAUUCCAGAAAAGCAUGGACUGGAAUCUGAGCAAAUCAAAAGUGAUGGAAUUGUACGUCCUCUGGGAAGGAAAAGUUGCAAAGACAGAAAAAGAAAGCUGAAUUCUGAAAACGGAGUGAUUGAAAUACUGAAUAAAAUACAGUGUUCGUUUGACAAGCAAAUAGAAUUUAAUAAGGUGGAGUUGGAGAUGAAGAAGGAAAACCAAAUGAAAGAGUAUGCAUUUAGGGAGGAACUUAUGAAAAAGGAGAUAGAGCUAAAAGAGCACAACCGGAAACUGAGGGAAGAAGCACAAUUAAUGAAGGAGGAGCAGGAAAUGAAGAAGAAGGAGAAGGAAAUGCGGCAGAGAAGAGUUGAUCAAGACCGCGUUAUGAGCAUAGACUUGAGUAGGCUUCCACCGAGUACACGAGCCACAUAUGAAAUCUUGCAAGCUCAAAUACUGAAGGAAUGGGAAAUUGGGAGCACUUCUGGAAUCUAAAUAUAUUGAUUAUUUAUUAAGAAGAUUUAUGUGUCUACGCAAGACAUAUUUUUAGGAGUUUUUCCAAAUUAUGCAUCCCAAACUAUAGGUUUAUUUGCUUUAUUUGUUGCUUCAAAUGAAUACAUUUGUCAUUUGUUUCAUGGUUGAAUUCUUUUAUAAAGAUUAAUUAGCCAACUUCUGAUACUAGUGGGGCAUGGUUUUAUAUAGUUGCUAACACUCUAGUAGAUUUGAUGUCAACCAGGUGUCACUAUUAAA